AUGUUCGUGGAACGAGAGCGGCAGGCGGUGGCGCGCUUCAACGAGGGAAACGCGAGCAAUGAGUCAACGAACACGAGUACCCUGCACGCCUACUACGCGUCUCCGCGCUACCUGCAGCACCAGCCCGAAAUCAACGAGAAAAUGCGUAUGAUCCUCGUAGAUUGGCUGAUCGAUGUGCACCUCAAGUUCAAGCUGCACGCAGAGACCAUGUAUCUUGCCGUCAACCUUAUCGAUCGCUAUCUUUCCUGCGCCAACAACAAGGUAGACCGAACUACGUUCGUACCACGCGCGCAACUGCAGCUCGUCGGCGUCUGCGCGAUGCUUCUGGCGGCCAAGUACGAGGAGAUCUGGCCACCAGAGGUGAAGGAGUGCGUGCACAUCAGCGCCAACACAUACACUCGCGAGGAGAUUAUCGAGAUGGAGCGCGCCAUCUGCACCGCGCUGUCGUUCCGGCUGACCGUUCCGACGCCCUUCCCGUUCGCGUCGCGCGCGUGGACGGUGCUGGAGGGAGAUGACUUCCUCGGCAUUGGCAUGGAUGAGGAGCAGCGUCGCCAGUACUUCGCGAUUGUGCGCCACGCCACAAGCUUCUUCAUGGAGCAUGCGCUACUGGACUACAAGUGCCUUCAGUUCACCCCGUCGCAGAUUGCCCAUGCGUCGGUGUUUCUGGCGUUGCUGAUGUUGCGCACAAAGCUGGAGCUGCCCAAGACGCCCACCUUCCCUGUGUGGACGGAUGCCCUGCGGUACUACACAAAGUCAGAGGUGCAAGAGUUCCGCGGCUGCGCGGAGGUCAUUCUAGAUUAUGUGAACUACGUCCCCACGACCAAGUAUCAGGCGGUGCGCCGCAAGUACAACAGCAGCCGCUACAUGGAAAUCUCCAAAAUGCUGAUGCCUAACGAGCUGCCGGCGCUGUGA